AUGAUUAGACCAAACGGUGCUAGAUCGAAAACUGGAUGCAAGACGUGUCGGAUCCGAAGAGUCAAGUGUGACGAAGCACGACCCGUCUGCAACCGAUGCUCAUCGACGGGCAGAAAAUGCGACGGAUACGUGGUCUGUUCGGCCGGACACGCGAAGCGUCCAUUGAUUCCGAGGGCAUACUCGUCCCCGGCCCCGUGCGCGGCGGUGGGCUGUUUCCCCCGUCUCAGCCAUGCCGAGGCUCAGGGUUUUGUCUACUUCCGUGACCAUACGAGUCGGGAAGCGACGGGAUGGUUUGUCUCUGCGAUCUGGAAACAGAUGAUUCUGCCUAUGGCUCAUCGAGAGGCCGCGGUGAUGCAUGCAGCGGUUGGCGUGGGAGCCAUGCAUCGCAGCACGCGCGGCCAGAGUCCGUCGCUACGCUUACCGGCUUGCAUGGAGUCGCAUCACAGCUUUGCCCUGUCACAGUAUGUCAAAGCAAUCCGUCAGCUGCGCGAGCGACUCGAUCGGUUUGAGCACGACCGGCAGAAUCCCGAAAUCGCGCUGGUAGCCUGUCUCCUGUUCGUAUGUCUGGAGAUGCUGCAGGGGAACCGACUAGGGGUGUUAUUGCAUCUGCAGAAUGGUCUACGUGUUCUGGCCAGCAUCCCCAGCCAAGUUCGCCGAGUCAGUAACGGAGAGCACCGGUGCCUCCUCGUCACCCGAGAACGACCGACGGGGGUGGAGCAGAUUACGGAAAUCUUAGUGCGACUAGACGUGGAUUCCACUGCGUUCGGCGAGCGAGCCCCGGCCUACCGAAUAGCUUCAGCCCUGGACGCUCUCGGACCGGAGCGCCCCUUGCCCCCCAAGUUCAUCGACCUCGUCGAAGCUCGACACUUUAUAGAUUGCCUCACCAGCACGGCCCACCAUAUCCGUGGGGACCUGCUGGCCCUCAGUAGGGAAUUCUGUCGCGAUCCUCCACGCGACGCAGCCUGGCGGUGUUGCAUGGAAUUUGCUAGUAUUAGGAUGGUCCGCCAAUCCCAGCAUGCAGCCUUGUUUGCCAAUAUGAAGACCCUCGAAAAGAAUUUGGCCCAUUGGCUGGCUUCCUUCCAGCAUCUGACACCGAAUAGCCCCGAAGACGCUCAGUCUAGCAUGUUUCUGGAAAUUCGAUUCCAUUCCGUCUUUCUUCAGCUUACCACCUGUCACAACGACCGCGAAACCUAUUGCGACCAAUUUGCUCCCACAUUUCAUCGCAUCGUCGAUCUCUGUAGCUUGUUGAUCGGCGAUGCAGUCCAUUCAACGGGACCCACCUUUGUGGUUGACUCCGGUCUGAUUCCAUCUCUCUAUCUCACGGCGAUCAAGUGUCGCCGGUCCGAGAUCCGACGGCGAGCUAUCUCGUUACUCUCACGGUAUCCAUGCCAAGAAGGCAUGUGGGAGCCUGCCCUGAUGGGGCAUUUUGUGCACGAGGUCAGCCGGCUGGAGGAAGUAGCAGCGAGAUCUGCGACCAGGCAGGAGCAUUCGACCAGGCUGACAUUUGAGGACGUGCCCGAAGCCGCUCGAUUCUGCGUCGUCAUUAUGGCGGUGACAGAGCGAGUGGGCGAGGGAAGACUUGUCUGUGCACGAUAUAUGCACGAGACGACGGGGGAACUGGAGAUCACCGAGCAUUUGAUCCCGAUCGCCUUGACGGAGUGA